UUUGUAAUUAUCCAAUCAUCACGGUAUCCACAGUUGGAGUGUCUCUCCGCUCUCAGCGGUCUCAAUGCUCUGCUCUUGAAUCUUAAUCAAGAAAUAGAACAACAUUGGCUGCCGCGGCUGCUGCUUCCUCCUCCUACCCCUCCUUGCUUUACCGGACUUUAUCGGAUUUGUUGUUUACUUCCUAUGCGGCUGAGCUGAGCCGAGCUUUGCCAAAUUCAAUUUUGUCACCGUUGGACGUUUGCAGACAGAGAGCAGUUUAAGAGAGAGACUGGAGGAGGCGAAGGCAGGAUUUUGAAGCUGGGGUUGGGAUCUUUAUCGGAUUUGUUGUUUACUUGCUCUACGUCUGAGCAGAGCCGAGCUUUACCAAAUUCAACUUUGUCACCGUUGGACGUUUGCAGACAGAGAGGCGUUUGAGAGAGAGACUGGAGAAGGCGAAGGCGAAGGCGAAGGCAGGAUUUUGAAGCUAGCGUUGGGAUCUUGAUACGCCAUUUUCUCCUCUGACGUGCCUAUCAAACCCCUUGCGGAGAGUAUACCUUGGUCGGCACUCUCCAUUCUCCCCUCUUGCCUUUCCUGCGCUAAACCAGUAUAAAGGACCGCCGAUAGAAGGACAAGUUUUGAUAAAGGGCUCGCCUUCAUUGCUAGGUCGAUCAAACCAGAAGACUUCGACAUCUGUUGUGCUCGGUGAGACCCUUUCUCUGUCGAGACGCGCUCUUCUUGUUGUUCAUGUAUGGAUGGGAGAGAUGCCAUGGCGUUUCCCGGCGCGGCCUCAUACUUCAUAUCUCAUCGAGGAAUUCCUGGCUCCAUCGGUAGCUCGCAGCCUGAAUUGCACUUGACGGCACAGCCCGGGGUCCGGUCCAUACCGAACUUCGGCACCAGUCUUACCGUUCCUCUUUCUGGCGUUGGUUCCAUGGCAUUUCAGGUGGAGUCUCCGCCCGGUGCCUCGUCUCAUGGUGGCGGUGGACUUGGCGAAGGUGUGAGCCAGGUGGAGCCGGUGAAGAGGAAGAGAGGACGGCCUAGAAAGUAUGGCCCGGAAGGGAGUGUGGCUUUGGCGCUUUCGCCUAUUUCCACCUCUGCUCCCUCCGGCUCCGUGAUCGGGUCCGGGUCAGCUUCGGGUUCCGGCGCUCCUUCCCAGAAGCGCGGGAGAGGACGGCCGCCUGGCUCAGGGAGGAAGCAAAUGUUAGCAUCUCUUGGUGAAUGGGUUGUUGCUUCAGCAGGCAUGGGCUUCACUCCACAUGUCAUAACUAUUGCAGUCGGAGAGGACAUUGCCACAAAGAUAAUGUCAUUUUCACAACAAGGGCCAAGGGUUGUCUGCAUCCUCUCGGCAAAUGGAGUUGUAUCCACUGUGACCCUUAGACAAUCUGCAACUUCUGGUGGCACAGUGACUUAUGAGGGCCGUUUUGAAAUACUUUGUUUAUCCGGUUCUUAUAUGAAGACUGACAAUGGUGGAUCACGGAGCAGAAGUGGAGGACUGAGUGUCUGCCUUUCUAGUCCCGACGGUCGGAUAAUUGGUGGUGGUGUUGCAGGAGUUCUUAUAGCUGCUACGCCCGUACAGGUAAUCAUUGGGAGCUUUAUUUACACAGGAUCUAAAGCAAAGAACAAAGCAAAAAUUAGCAAUGAAACAAAUCCUGAAGGUGAGCUCCAGGUUGGGGAUGAGCAAACUGCACCAUUCGCAGCUCUUCCCAGUCCAAACCUUUCACCUUCUCCAAUCUUAGGGGGUUGGCCUGGACCGAGGCACUUGACUAUGAGGAAUGCUCACAUUGAUAUCGACUUGACACGAGGGUGAUUAUUGAAUCAGCGCACCGAAGUGUCUUUCAUAUUGGUUACCAGGCAUGAUUUGAUGUUGAUCGAUUAAAUGCAACCUUGCAAGACAGAACUGCAGGGCUUAGCUUUAGUCAUGACUUAACAUGCCUUUGUUCCAGGGUUAGCAAAUUUGAUGCUAGAAAGGUUUGUUUUCAGCGUAAGUGAUGUAAUUAGGGGAUUGCUAUGUCUCUAUUUCAGUUAUGAUGUUCCCGUAGGCGAUAAAAAUCUGUUGAAAGGAGACUCUGAUGUCUUUGUAUCUGAUGUCUUUAUGACUUAGUAUCUAUUAUAUGUGAAAGACAUAUUUGAAGUCAA